CGAGCUGCUAGAGUCCUAUUUUUCUUGAAAACCGAUAAUCCUAUCAGACAGUUUGCUACCACGGUUGUGGAAAAAAAAUAUCCUUUAACCUUUGAAUACUUGAUUCUAUUCACUAUUUUUGCUAAUUGCGUUGCCCUGGCCCUGUAUCAGCCUUUACCUAAUAAUGAUAAUACGCUGCUGAAUGAGAAUAUGGAAAAGGUGGAAUACGUAUUUUUGGCAAUUUUUACUAUCGAGAGUUUCUUGAAAAUAAUCACAUAUGGCUUUGCAAUUCCUUCUGGAGCUUAUCUAAGGAAUGGAUGGAAUAUAUUAGAUUUCAUAAUUGUAAUUGUUGGUAUCAUAAAUAUCAUCUUCACUGCAACUUCGUCAUCUAAUCAAAAUAUUGAUGUCUUGCGAGCUCUCAGAGCGUUUCGUGUUUUAAGGCCUUUGAGAUUGGUGUCAGGCGUUCCUAGUUUACAGGUAGUGAUGAAUGCUAUUAUGAAGGCCAUGGUCCCUCUAUUUCAUGUUGCAGCGCUUGUGGUAUUUGUAAUAAUAAUUUAUGCAACCAUUGGUUUAGAAUUAUUUAACGGAGUCCUGCAUCGAGCAUGUUAUCACAACAUCACAAAAAAGCUAAUUAAUGAUCCUCGUCCAUGCGCUGCUUCGGAAUCCUUUGAGUCUGCCCACCACUGCAAGUCUGGAUAUGUCUGUUUGCGCAAUUGGACUGGACCCAAUGCGGGAAUAACUAGCUUUGACAACAUUGGCCUCUCUAUGUUGACCGUUUUCCAAUGUAUAACUAUGGAAGGAUGGACUAAUAUUAUGUAUAGUAUAAAUGAUGCAGUGGGUAGUGAAUGGCCUUGGAUUUAUUUCGUUACGCUUAUUAUUUUAGGCUCAUUUUUUGUGCUGAAUUUAGUUCUCGGUGUCCUUAGCGGUGAGUUUUCUAAGGAGCGGGAAAAAGCAAGAGUUUCGGGAGAUUUCAAGAAAUUACGAGAAAAACGCCAAAUUGAGGAAGAUUAUAGGGGAUAUUUGGAAUGGAUAGGUAAAGCCGAGGACUUAGAAGUUGAUGUGGAUGACUUACAAGUUGAUAUGGAACAGCAAGUUGCAGGUACCCAAAAUUUCUAUAUUAUAUUUUUAAAUUUAAACUUUAAUUUUAAAUUCUCACUUGUAUUUAGGCAUCAGCUGAAGAGAUGGCACAAAAGGUCUAGGAGAUACUGUCGUCUUGUAGUCAAAAGUCAAACGUUCUACUGGCUGGUUAUUCUGGCUGUGCUAUUAAAUACUAUAUGCUUGGCUGUGGAACAUUAUGAACAGCAAAGGGUGGUCACGCAGUUUUUAUCGAUUACCAAUUCUGUGUUUGUGGGCCUUUUCACGAUUGAAAUGUCCAUUAAGAUGUAUGCUUUAGGAAUUGAAGGAUAUUUUAUGUCUUUAUUUAACAGAUUUGACUUUCUGGUUGUUCUUGUUAGUAUAAUCGAAUUAAUUUUUAUUGCUAUAAUUGGAGGAGCUGCUGCUCUUGGUUUAAGCGUUCUGCGUUGUGUUCGAUUACUUAGAAUAUUUAAAAUAACUAGAUAUUGGAACACACUUCGUAAUUUAGUUGCAUCACUCUUAAAUAGUAUGCGCUCAAUUGCUAGCCUUCUACUGCUGCUGUUUCUCUUCGUUUUAAUUUUUGCAUUAUUAGGAAUGCAAAUUUUUGGGGGAAGGUUUAAUUUUAACAAGUCUAUUCCACGUAGUAACUUUGAUUCAUUUUGGCAAUCAUUGCUAACCGUAUUUCAGAUUCUUACUGGGGAAGACUGGAAUGAGAUUAUGUAUAACGGCAUAAAAGCUUUGGACGGAAUCGACAGAUUUGGCAUUUUAGCUGUAUUUUAUUUUAUUAUCUUAGUUGUAGUAGGGAACUACAUUCUCUUGAAUGUUUUUCUUGCUAUUGCGGUGGAUAAUCUAGCGAAUGCUGAGAGUUUGACUGAGAUAAAUGAAAGGAGAAAUGCAAAGAGGAAAAUGGCGAAAGAGCAGAGGUUACAGAAGCUGCAGACACCUGUACAGUCUUUGCGUUAUGGUAAUAUUACUGAAGAGCCAGCUAGACCUCGUUUAGAUGCCUCUUUUCGAACCAAUACUACACAAAUCAAUUGGAAAAAGAUUCCUGAUCGAGUUAUUGUGCCAAUACCAAAAGCUACGUCAAUGUUUCUUUUUAAAUCCACAAAUAGAUUUCGUUGCAAGAUUUUCGAUUUCGUCACCAAUCUUUACUUUUCUAAUAUUAUACUAAUAAUUAUAAUAUUGAGCAGCAUAACUCUAGCUGCUGAAGAUCCCUUAGGGAAAGAUAAAAUUCGAAAUCAGGUUCUGAGUUACUGCGAUAAAACCUUUACAGCAAUAUUCUGUGUUGAGGCGGCAAUGAAAAUGAUUGCAUUUGGGGUAAUAAUGCACGAAGGAUCGUAUUUUCGAAACAUAUUUAAUAUCCUUGAUAUGAUCGUUAUAGCUGUAUCUAUUGCAGAUUAUACAAUUGCUGAAGAGAAUUUGAAACAGCUAAAAGUACUCCGUGUCCUUCGAGUAUUGAGACCCUUAAGGGCAUUAAAUCGAGCGCGUGGAUUGAAGCAUGUCGUUCAGUGCGUUUUUGUAGCAAUAAAAACCAUCUGGAGUAUCAUGCUUGUUACAUUGUUAUUGGUAUUCAUGUUCGCUGUAAUAGGAGUCCAGUUAUUUAAAGGAAGAUUUUAUUUUUGUACAGAUGCAUCUAAAAUGGAUAAUAGCACAUGCAAGGGAUCUUACUAUAAUUAUCCGACGGGAGAUUUAAACUAUUUGCAGGUUGAACCACGUAUAUGGAAAGAAUCUUCUUUCAAUUUUGAUAAUGUUCCUAACGCGAUGAUGACUCUAUUUACGAUUACAACGUUCGAAGGAUGGCCCAGUAUCCUAUAUCGUGCAAUUGAUGCAACGGAAGCUGGCCGAGGACCUAGUAGAAAUCACCAACCCCUCGUAGCGAUCUACUUCGUAAUUUACAUAAUUAUUGUAGCAUUCUUUAUGGUAAACAUAUUUGUUGGCUUCGUUAUUGUAACUUUUCAAACUGAAGGCGAACAAGAGUAUAGAAACUGCGAUCUGGACAAGAAUCAACGAAAUUGUAUCGAAUUUGCGUUAAAAACAAAGCCCCAAAAAAGAUAUAUACCCAAAAAUAAGCUGCAGUUGGCGGUUUGGAAGUUAGCUACUUCCCUAGGAUUUGAAUAUACUAUAUUUGGCCUUAUAACUUUAAACACAAUGACAUUAAUGAUGCAGGUUUAUAGGCCUUCUAGAGUUUAUAAUGACGUAUUAGAAUAUCUGAAUAUUGGAUUUACUGUCCUGUUUGGUUUAGAAGCGAUAUUGAAAAUAGUAGCUUUUAAACCACAGAAUUAUUUUCGCGAUAAGUGGAAUGUUUUCGAUUUUGUUAUUGUUGUCGGAAGCAUAAUAGAUAUUGUAAUAUCCGAAAUAUACAAGGUAGGAAUUGAAUUAGUGUUAAAAAUUACAGAUAGUUCCAAUGUAACUGUAGAUUUCAGUGUCAACUUUUUUCGAUUAUUUCGUGCAAUGCGUUUGGUGAAAUUACUAAGUCGAGGAGGUGGAAUGCGCACCUUACUGUGGACAUUUAUGAAAUCCUUUCAGGCCUUGCCGUAUGUUGGUUUGCUGAUCGUUUUCGUUUUCUUCAUUUAUGCUGUGAUUGGGAUGCAGUUAUUCGGAACUGUUUUGACUUCACCUGGGUCGGCAAUAACAGAAUAUAAUAACUUUCAUUCGUUCUUCAGUUCAGUACUGGUGCUGUUUCGCUGCGCUACUGGUGAAAACUGGCAACUAAUUACACUUAGUUGCACUUGGAGGACCGGUAAUGGGUGCAGUGAAAAUUCAUGUGGCAGCAACAUUAGUUAUUUAUAUUUUUCUUCAUUUUACGUCCUUUCAUCAUUUUUGGUAAUAAACCUAUUUGUAGCCGUUAUUAUGGAUAACUUCGAUUACCUGACGAGAGAUAUUUCAAUUCUUGGCCCUCAUCAUCUCGACGAAUUUGUGCAAGCGUGGUCCUUUUUUGAUCCUGAAGCUACAGGUCGAAUUAAAUUUGACGACAUGGUGAAGUUGCUUAGAAGAAUUUCUCCUCCGUUAGGCCUCGGCAAGUUAUGUCCGGACUCUACUGCAUAUAGGAAUUUAAUGGGUAUGCACAUGCCUCUUGGGACUGAUAACAACGUCAAAUUCAAUGCUACGAUCUUUGCUUUAGUGCGAAAACAACUAAAAAUUAAACUAGACGGCAACUUAGAUUUAAGAGACAGAGAGUUAAGAAAUAUUAUUAAGAGGAUUUGGCCCAGAACUCCUAAUAAACUCCUAGACGAAAUUUUAUUUAACUUUUCAGAUAAUGAUAUAACCAUCGCAAAAAUUUACGCUUUGCUGAUUAUAAGAAACUUCAUCCGACGUCGUAGAGAAAGACAAGCAAAGCAAAGAAGAGAGCAAACAUCAAACGAAAUUCAGGUAAUUUGCCUAUUCCCCAAGUGA